AUGCGCAAAGUUCUAGUAUUUCUUUUGAUAUUUACUAUUCGGGAACAGUUGAAACUCGUCCGAGGUGGUCAUAAUAUGACACUGGUCAGAUCCGUGUUGACAGUAAUCCGUAGCAGGGAGAAUUGGAAAAACACUCCCAUCUUUAUGGGGGGCAAUACGAAUUCGGAUGAGUUAAAUAGCCUGAUGUUUUGGCUUCAACAUUCAAUGGAAGUAACUUGUCACACGGUGGACACAUCUACUCCGGCCCAUAAGGAAUAUCCACUGGGUCACUAUAACAUAAUUGCAAAUAAUUCAGUCUGUUUAUUAUUCUGCCACAGCACCCAGGAAAUGAUAUGGUUUAAUUUGAAUAAGGGUCUUCGAAGAUUGCGACGUAUGCGGCUAAUUGUCGUUUUACCCAACAAACGAAGUGGAUCUUAUAAUGCUAUAAUGGCCAUAUUCAAGAAGCUAUGGCAUUUUCAGUUCUUGAACGUAAUUGUUCUUCACAGGGAUAUGAUCUACUCUUAUAAUCCUUAUCCAGUAAUAUGUUUCUCUAAGGUGGACCUAGCCUCUUAUCCGCUUUUUCCGCCAUAUACACGAAAUUUCCAGGGCUAUGAGGUGUCCACUCCCGUGGAGAAUGAUAUUCCUCGAGUUUUUUUUGUGCGAGAUCUGAAAACUGGAUGCAAUCAAAUCAGAGGAUUUGGAUAUCGGACAUUCGUGGAAUAUUUACAUCGCCAUAAUGCCACGUUGCGUGUGAGUAAUCCCCACCAGGACCAUGCUACCACCAGUAGUGUGAAUAUGGGAAGGAUAAUGCAGGAGAUAAUGGACGGUCAAUUAGAAAUCUCUUUGCAUCCAUAUGUUGAUGUGCCUGAGACUAUGGGAGAUCAUAGCUAUCCGUUGCUGGUGGCUUCCAAUUGCCUAAUAGUUCCGGUCAGGAAUGAAAUACCCCGUCACAUGUAUCUAAUGCUGCCUCUAAACCAAUCGAGCUGGUUACUUCUGCUUGGUUCUGUAAUCUAUAUUAGUGGAGUUCUCUACUGGAUUCAACCUGGACGUGAACAUCGCACCUGGGAACAAAGGAUUGGAUUUAACAUUCUGGAAAGCGUCAGUCGAAUAAUUUAUAUCUGUUCUCCCUCAAGGGUAUAUACCCCAUCGCUGAGGUAUUUUAUAGUUUCAAUACAGCUCACGAUACUGGGAUUCGUGGUAACCAACCUCUACAGCAUACAGCUAGGCAGUUUCUUUACUACUUUGGUAGUCGGCAAACAAGUUGACAGCAUGGAAGACCUUAUCGAGCAAAAGCAAAAAAUUCUAGUCAAACACUACGAAGUCAGCACGUUGUUGCGCCACGUUGAACCACAUUUGGUGGACGGUGUAGCUCGUCUUUUAGUGGGCGUCAAUGCCAGUGAACAGGUGACUGCUCUUCUGGGAUUUAAUCGUAGCUAUGCUUAUCCCUUCACCCUGGAGAGAUGGGAGUUUUUCUCUCUCCAACAGCAAUACGCCUUCAAACCAAUCUUUAGGUUCUCAUCAGCAUGCCUGGGAUCCCCGAUUAUAGGUUAUCCGAUGAGGAGUGACUCCCAUCUACAAAGGUCCAUCAACAUAUUCAUCAUGCAGAUCCAGGCUGCAGGACUGUUACAGCACUGGUUCGUAUCUGACUUUAAUGAUGCCUUGCGUGCUGGUUACGUCAGACUUCUGGACAACGUCCUUGGUUUUCAUUCCUUGGAUAUUGAUUCUUUGCGCCUGGGAUGGGCAGUUCUUGGAUGUGGCUGGCUAUUGUCCGGCUUGAUUUUUCUCUGCGAACGCUGGAGGUUUUACCAUCGUCCCUAA